AUGAGGCAGCACAUGGCGAGAUAUUUGGCGGAGCAACGGAGCUUGAUGCGACGGGGAUAUUAUGCCUCGUUGUCCCGGAGCCAGCGACGAGCGAAUCGGCUCUCGCAGGAUGGCGAAGGGCAACGGAGGGAGGCGUUCCCUGAGCUGCAGCUCCUUGCGUCCCCACUGAUCUCAUCAGAAGGGUCAGUGGGAGCCACAGGGUCGCCGCUGGUGUCUCCUGGGGCCAGCGAAGCCGACAGCGACGUGGUGAUGACAAGCUGGGAGCCAGCCCCCAAGAAGGCUCGACCAGUGGCGAAGCGGCCCUCAACAGAGGCGGAGGAGCGACCGACGGUGAGGCGGCCACCGACAGACGCCGAGGAGCGGGAAGCCGAGGAGAAGCGGGUCGCGGAGUGGCGGCGGCGGAUCGCGCUGGAAGCAGCAAAGGAGGCGCUGCGACAGCGGCCGGUCUGGGAGGACGCGCGGGUGCUGGCGAAGAAUCUGAAGGCCACGCAGGAGGCGGAGCAAGCGGCCGAGGAGGCCAAGGAAAAGGCCCGGCGGGAGGCGGAGGAGCACCACCGGACGUGUGUGCUGGAAAAGGUUGCGGCCGAAUUGCGAGAGAAGGAGCGGCAGAGGGCCGAGGAGAAGAGCCGCGAGGAAGAGGCGAGGCGAGCCGAGGCCACGGAAGAAGAAGAGUGGCAGGAGCGACUACGUCGGGCGGAAGAGGAGGAGGAGGGCCUGUGGCAGCCUUCCCAUACGACACCAGAGCCCGAAGACCGUGGCCAGGCCGCGCCGGACGAGGAUGAGGAGGAGCUGUGGCAGCGACGACCGCGGACCGAGGAAGAGGCUAGGUUCCCCGAAGGAGGACGGGGGCCCCAAGCCUCGUCCCAGCAACAGCGGCCGGGAGCGGACGCCUCGUGGCAGCAGCAGCAACACCGGUGGCAGGGACCACAAGGCGCGGUGAUCGGGCCGUACGUAACGCAGGAGGUACGUACGGCGGUGCGGGGAGGAAUGGUGUGGCACCACCAAAUCCUCCACAUCACCUGGGCAUCGGGGCCGGCACCUAGGGAGCCGGAGGCUCCGGAAGAAGCGCGGGUGUGGGAGGAGACGCCGGCCCGACGGAGCAAUGGCCGCGACCCAAGGGGGCGGUCGGCGGCAGCGGAGCCAGCAGCGGAACCGGCAGCGGCGAGCGCGACGGCAGAGUCGGCAGCGGCAGCGGAACCAGCAGGUGAACCAGCAACGCCGGGCGCGGCGGCAGAGUCGGUGGCGGCAGCGGAGCCAGCAACGGCGAGCGCGGCCGCAGCGGAACCAGCAACGCCGGGCGCGGCGGCAGAGUCGGCGGUGGCAGCGGAGCCCACGGUGGAACCAGCAACGCCAAACGCGACGGCAGAGUCGGCGGCGGCAGCGGAGCCAGUAACGGCGAGCGCGGCGGCAGAGGCGGCAGCGGAACCAGCAACGCCGGGCGCGGCGGCAGAGUCGACGGCGGCAGCGGAGCCCGCAGCGGAACCAGCAAAGGCGAAGGCGGCGGCAGAGUCGGCGGCGGCAGCGGAACCAGCGACGGCGAGCGCCACGGCAAAGUCGGCGACGGCAGCGGAACCGGCAACGCCGGGCGCAGCGGCAGAGCGGUGGCGGCAGCGGAGCCGGCAACGGCGAGCGCAGCGGCAGAGUCGGUGGCGGCAGCGGAGCCAGCGACGGCAAGCGCGGCGACGACGGCAGCGAACGCGGUAG